AUGCAAAUCGUGUAUUGUCUUUCUUCCUUUCUUUCCCAUUGCUUUUUGCCUACCAAACGCUCAUUCCUUCUCUUCAAUCAAUCGAACGCCAACCAACAAAUGGCUCCUCGUAAGGAACGAGGGAUCAAUCAACUUUCAAAAAUGAUUAUAGAGAGAGACUCUCUAGUGUGCAGCUUCACCAGCUUGCCGAGCGGAAUGUUUGGAAUUCAAAAAUUCCUGCUCAACAUUAGCUUGAUGGUAGAUAUGGUUUUCAUCAUGGCUUGCCUUCUCAACUACGUCAGCUUUCACGUUGGAAACGACUUUUAUGCUGUUUCUGUUUCCUUUGUACACGUUGGUGCUGUUUUUGUCUGUAUUGUCAUCCUUUUGUCUACCAUUUAUGCAACAUAUGGACUAUCUGUCAUGAAUCUACGCAAAAUGUGCACCGCUCUAUUUAUUUGGCUUGGCCACUUGGCUUGUGCUGGACUAUUUUUGGUCGCUGUACUGAUUGCAUGGGUUAGAGACUUCAACUACGAUCCAUUCUCUAUUCAACAGUCUACCUGCCAAUUCACUCGAAUUCCAGAUGCAUGCGAUGUUUCUCUUGAGCAGUACCUGGCAGCAAUUUCGGCGUUUGUUAUCAUAAUUGCGUUCUUCAAGUUUGCCCAAAUUAUGUGUCUUCGUGCUCUUUGCAUUUUCAGCCAAGACGUUUUUCAACAUGUUGAUUGCGAAAGCUUUUACAAUCGCUGCCUUACUGAGCCGGAUCGUCGUCGUCGCCAAGCUCUCCGGCGUGCUCAACGUGAGGCUCAGGGAACCACUGGUGGUGAAGAUAGGGAGACCGAUGAAGAGGAUGUGGUUGUGUUUGAACGUGUGACUGGUCGUUUUCCUGGUGGCAGUGCUAUCAAAGACAACAGCAUUGCCUAAAAGAUUGAACGUGACGUGCUAACGAUCAUAAAUUUGUGAACAUUAUUUCUCUUCGUCAAAUUUAUUUUUGCGGAAAUAACAUAUACUUUGUCAAAAA